GCACAGACACAUGACAGCUUCUUCCCCGUAUCAUUAUUAAAAUCCCAAAAUAUUUUUGUUACUUUUCAUGGUGUAUGUCAUUCCACGUGUCCUCUCUCACUCGUCAGCAUCUAGAUUCCCCCUCCCCCGCCCCCCACUCUACUCACUACAUAGAUAGCCAAUCCCAAAAACGAAACAAGAACAAACUAUUGCAAUACUCCAAAAAUAGUCCAAAGAUCCCCGAUACCAAAAAAAAAAAAAAAAAAAAAAGAACAGUAGUCCUUUUUAGAGAGGAACUGGAAGAGGGAGAAGAAGAAAAAACAUCAAUUGCUUUGAUUUGUGAGGAUGGGAAUUGAGAUAGCAAGCGUCAAGGGCAUAACGGGAGCCUGGGGCAUGGCUGCAAAGGCAUGCGACACAUGUAAAUCAACCGCAGCGGCUAUUUUUUGUCGUGCGGAUUCGGCUUUUAUGUGCCUGAAUUGUGAUUCCAGGAUCCACUCUGGUAAUAACAAACUCUCCUCUUCUUGUCAUGAGAGGAUUUGGAUGUGUGAGGUGUGCAAGCAGGCCCCUGCUGCGGUCACUUGCAAGGCCGACGCGGCUGCUCUUUGCAUCACGUGCGAUGCAGACAUUCAUUCUGCUAAUCCUCUGGCUCGUCGCCACGAGCGUGUCCCUAUCGAGCCUUUCUUUGACUCUACUGAUUUCAUUCUCAAAUCUUCUCCUUUCAGCUUUCUUGUACCGACGGAUCAUAAUGGCACUAAUUGUCAACAAGAAGAUGUAGAGCCAGGUUCUUGGUCCUUGCCCAAUCCUAACCUCAAUACCAAACUCACCGUGGAAACUAAUGAAGCCGAAACAGGGGAUUUGUUCUUCUACGAAAUGGAUCCUUCUAUUGAUUUCGAGUACCGGAAUUCAUCUCAACAGCAUCAUAACGCAGUUAUGGAUAGCGUAGUUCCAGUUCAGACCAACCCAGCAAUAAUUCCAGUCAUCAAGAAUGAAAAUUGUUUCGAUAUUGAUUUCUGUCGAUCCAAGCUCCAUACUUUCAGCUACCAAACUCAGUCUCUCAGCCAUAGUGUUUCAUCAUCGUCGCUUGAGGUAGGAAUAGUUCCAGAUGAAAAUUCCCUGUCCAAUAUCUCGUACCCUUUCGGACAAGCCAUGACUGAUCCAAGCGGACCCAUCUCAGCAACUACGACAAAAAACCAAGCAUCCCAAGUAGGUGGAAUCGAUCGAGAGGCUAGAGUUUUAAGGUACAGAGAGAGGAGAAAGAACAGAAAAUUCGAGAAAACAAUCCGCUACGCUUCACGAAAGGCCUACGCUGAGUCAAGGCCAAGAAUCAAAGGCCGCUUCACCAAAAGAACCGAAAUGGACAACGACGACCAUAUGUUUAACUCGCGUUCUGCAACAGCAGCAACUUUCAUGUCUGACACCCACUACGUUAUCGUCCCAUCCAUUUGAGGGUUGAUGAAUGAAUCUGACUAAAGAGGAAAAGAAGAAAAAGAAAUAAGGGCUCUUUAUUCACCUAUGAUCCUGGAAUAUUCAACUGUGAUUUUUAUCCAGCAAGUAAAAUAACUCUUAAGGCCGUUUAUAUUAAGGAAAAUAAAUAUCUUGUUUUUAAUUAUGGUUAUUGAUGUAAAAAUAGUGUAUCGGUGGAAUAUUUGCCAGCUUUUGAUUUCCAGGAUUCAGAAUGAUAAGCUGCAAGGAGAUGUUGAUAAGUUUCAGCUAUAGCUGAGAUGAAAAUUUUUUCUUUGUAAAAAGCCCUUUCACUUUUUCCUUCACUGGGCUUCCUCUGUGACUGUUUUCUGCUAGUAAAGUUUUACCUGGCUUUUUUUUUUUUUCUUUGC